AAUUGCUGUCUUCACAUAAGUCUCAAUUUUUUAAGAGUGAGAUGUAAAUAAAUUAUGUAAAUAGGGAUGUAGUCCUUAUCUUAGAUCAGUUUGCUAGUCCAAGAACGUGUAUACAAACAAUUCUGAGUAUGUAAGAAGCCAGUUCUAAAUUGAAUUAAUUUUAGUAAAAAGUGGCAUGGGUAAAAUUUGAAGCUCAGGAAACAAUUGCCUUAUUUGAAUACUACUACUGCUAUGCUGCUAAUAAUAAUAAUAGCCUUUCUUUUGUAUAAUCUUGUAAUUCAUGGAAAGACGGAUGACAGAUUGAGAUCUCUAAAUAGAACCUGACUGAUUUGCAGUCAGUUGACAAAGAUCUCAGACUUAAAUUAGACAGACUGAUACUAUCUAUGCAAAACAUUCCACUAUAUGAACCCAUGGAGUCCAGUAAAUAAUUUUCUUUAUUCAUGUCAGAAGCACCUACAAGCAUAUAGAAAUAUAAUAUUCAAUACUGAGCAAGUAAAAUAGGCAUAAAAUAGGUUAUAAAAAUAUAGAUGAACACUUAAAAGAUGAAAAUAAGUAGGAUUAGAACUAAAUUAUAUUAAUAAUUUAAUAAAUAAUAUUUUUCUUUGAGCCACCAUUUGUAGUUGGUGAUCUCAAGAUUCUGGUAGAAAAUGGAUGUUUGCAACUUGAACUCUGUACUAUAAUGGAUAAGACUCCUAAGCUGUGAUUUAUUAGAAGCUUUUCAAAUUUUAGUUUGGACAGAUUUUAAUGUUUAAAGUCAAUUCUCUGCAGAAUUAAUACUGAUAGUUACAAUUAUUCAAAUGUCAAUUAAUUACCUUAUUAAUAAUGGUGUUAUAGUGAUCAUCACACAGGCAGCUUUCUCCCUUAACAGGUACAAACUGAGCUUUGAACUGAAACCCUCUAGAAUAAUAAUCCUGGCAAGUGUGAUACAACUAUUAAGUAGUAUUUCAAUUUACAAUGUUCAAUGGUGCUGGGGCAUUUAAAUAGUUUUAAUGGAAUUCAUUUCAGAAGUAUUACCUUGCUGAAAAAAGGAAUAAUACUCCAGAUCACCAAUGUUCAGAUGAUGGCAUUGUAGGAUAUGCUAUGAUUUUUGCUGCUACUGUUUAUUUCUUUAUAUUUUUUUAUUUUAUAAGCCACGUUGUGUUUAUGCCAAUAUACCAAAUAAGUUUAUAGAUUACCUCUUUAAAUAUCAGUUCACCAAACUAACAUACAGCAGUGGCAGCCUGUGCUAGGCUAACUGUUGUCUAUCUCUGUGGUGCCAAGUAAUAAGAAUCAUCUUUUCACAUUUUUCCAGUUAUGGUCAGGUGUGAGUAAAAGUGAGUAUUUGCCAGGGGAACAAAUAUGGCAGUUAGAGAUGUGGAAAAUUUUUGACUGAAACUUUGUGAGUUCAAAACAGAGUGUUUUGAGGAUUUUGGAAGUGUUUCAAACCCAAAGCACUUCCAAACAGUAGUUUUACAUAUGAAAUGGAAAAGUCUGCAGUUUCACAUGCAAAUAAUUUGAAUCAAAACAGUUUGAGUGGCCCAAGUGGCAGAGAGGAUCUUAGCCUUGGAUUUCAGACUGACUAUAGAAACACAGUGAAGUUUUUCCUUGCAAAAGUACCAAGCUUUUAUAUGCAUACUGAUAUGAAUUAUGAUUCAACAAGAAGUAGUUUAAAUUUAUUUGAAGAUAAUUCAGAUAGUGAUUUUAUCAUUUGACUAUUAGUACAGUGUAGUAGUUUGGCUAUUGAACUGGGGCUGACAUGCAACAUUUGCAAGGGAAAGAAAUAUAAUUGUAAUAUAUUUAAUAAUAUAAGGAAAAUGCCUAUAAAAACUCAAAUGGAACUCUUAUAAAACAAAAUCAUUUGUCUUUAAUAGGAAUAAAUGAAUUCCUAUUAAAAUGAAACAUUUAUUUAAAAACUACCAUUGUGCUUCUGAAUAACAAUUUACAACAAAAUACUUUUCAAAACUCAAUCCUAGAAACUGAAAUUAGAUCAAGGAUGUGUAUUGGUUCUUAAAAUAAUUUUUCAUACUUUUAUCAAAAAUAAAAGCUCACCAGAAUGAAACUAUGUUAUUUGAACAAUCCAGUAAAUUGAGCUAAAAAAGUCAUUCACUGCAGUUUGAAUGUAAAGUUACUGCAAAUAAUUUCAAGUGCCUAAUUGAUCUUAGCUGAUUUUCUAAGCUCUCAUGUAAAUAAGUAUGCUGAAGAAUUUUCUUCCUAAUGAAAAUUUGACUUCUACCUCUAAUUUAUUCAAAAAUACUUUCUGAUAUAUAUUUGAACAUCAGGAUUCUGACUUUUCAAAGUAUUGAACAUUUCUGGAAGAUUCAAAUAUCCACUCAUCAUUUAUAUAAUUCUUUCAGGUUAAAGAAAUUCGGCCAUGCCGUAGCAAACAGGAAAAGAUCUUUCACAAAAUGUCUGGAAUUUAAAUUAGAGAAUGGUUAAUAAACAUGGAUCUGAUACCUGGGAUAUAUUUUAAACUCAGUCAAGAAUUGGUAGAUAACGGUGAAUUCAGAAACUUCUAACAUCUGUUACUUUAAACAUGCGAUUGGCAUCCUUCUGUUUUGCACUCUCACACCCUAGGCAAACACAUGCCUAUUUUAAGUAUAGAACUGUUUAAUGAAUAGGGUUAUUCAUUGCUAUCCUAAACUUAAAAUAUGUAGUCCAGUUAUUGGAAGCCUAGUGCAGCCUUUGGGGUUUUGCAGUUAACUGCCAAUUAAUGUAUGCUUUACUCUGUUGGGGGAGGAUUGAGUUUCCAAGGGCCAACUGUAGAACUUGGGGGUGGAGAAAUAAGACAAAAUUGUUAGAAGGUUGAACUGCCUUCUGGCUUAAAUCAGUUAAUCAGACAGACUGCAUGCUUAAAUGAGGCUAUAGAGUAUUUGUCGUUCUGCUUAGUAUAUUUCUACAUGUCUAGAGAUUUGAGAACUGACUGGACAAGGUUUUGAUUUAGCUUCAGAAAAUUUGAUUCCUGAUUAAGAAUUUAGAGAGUUUGAGCAUUCCCUGAAGCAUCUCACUUUUUUGAAGAGGCAAUGCCCCAUACCAAGACAUUUCACCUCAUCCUACUGACACUGUCUGGAGUCCUCAUCUCUUUUGUAAAAACUGCAGAAUACUCACAAGAACCUAUCCCAACAUUGUGGAAUGAUUCACCAGAACUGCCAUCAGGUGGAGGAGCUUUAGAAACCACCCCUCCUGCCCGCUUCUCAGAUUCUACAGGAUUCCCAUCAUACACAUCUGAUUAUGAACUAGAGGACACAACCCAUCUCCACCAUCUGAAUAAUGACAAUGAGUCUCUGGGUCCUGGGGCUAUCGGUGCCAUAGUGAUUGCUGCUCUGCUGGGAACGUCUGUGAUUGUGGCCUUGAUUGUUAUCACUCUACGAAAAUGUUCUGCUUCCUAAAAUUAAUAAAAAGUGCUUUCCUCCCCAA